UAAUACUGUUGAAAAAUAUUAUUUUCUAAUCGUUUUUAUGUUGAGUGUGUUGCAUACUGUCAAAACGUCAGAAAACCUAAAAUCAGCUGUUCAUGACUUUUUUCUCGACUUGCAGCAAAAAAAAUUGAGAAAUUACAACUAAUACAGCGAUAUCAAUCAGACAACAUUAUGCGAAUUUAACAAGAAAUUAACAAAGAAAACAAAAACAGUGCGUCGCAAUUUCCAGACAAUGAAACUCAAGCUAAAAGAACAAAUAUUGUGAGUAACUUAACCUAAGAAAAGGAUGAACGUUGAACUAAACAGACUGCAAACCUUCUCCGAGUGGCCAGGAGACGCCCCCGUAAGUCCCGAUAGAAUAGCCAAAGCGGGUUUCUUCGCUACCAAACAAGGCUACGAAGUAGAAUGCUUUUCUUGUCACGUAAAAAUAUCAACAUGGAACUAUGGAGACCAGGCCAUGGCCAGACACAAGGACCUGAGCCCCACGUGUCCCUUCGUUUUAGACCCUUCUACCUCCGGGAAUGCUCCCUUCACAUUCAGGCCCACAGUUGUACCUUUUUUACCCCUAGAUUAUACAAACGAAUCUGUCAGAUUGGCAUCGUUUGAAAACUGGCCUGUUCCUGAUAUUGUGAGACCGGAAGACUUGGCUAGGGCAGGGUUUUUUUCGUUGAAAGACGGCGAUAACACGAAGUGCGCUUACUGUAAGGGCGUAGUAAGGGCUUGGGAGCCUGGAGAUGUGCCUGAUUUAGAGCAUAAAAGACAUUUUCCUGCUUGUUGGUUCGUCCGGAACAUUAUAGAAGAAAGACUAACGAAUAACUCUAUUCCAAACUCAUCCAGUAACUCUGUGACGCAUGGUGAAGGACCCCUAAUUCAAGUGAGAUCUGAAGUAGACAAUUUAAAUGAGCUGGGAGUCCAGAAACAUAAUGGUCCUAAAAGACCUGACUAUGCUACGGUAGAAUCAAGAUUGAGGUCGUUCACAAAUUGGUCUCCUAGUUUAAUACAGACGCCGGAUCAGCUGGCACAGGCAGGAUUUCACUACGAAGGUGUUGGGGACCAGGUAAGGUGUUUUCAUUGUGAUGGAGGCCUGAGGCAUUGGGAUCCAGAGGAUGAUCCUUGGACAGAACAUGCUCGAUGGUUUUCUACGUGUGCUUUUGUGAAACUGGUUAAAGGACAAGAGUUUGUGACAGCCUGUGCACUGGACAAUGCAGAGCAGACAAAUAUGCCAAAAGAAAAAAUCCAAUCAUCUAGAAAACGUCGUGAAGUGACGGAGAGGGAACUUCAAGAACACCUGGUCAAUCCAGCGGCAAUAGCAGCUCUCACGAUAGGCAUAGACGUCCAGAGGGUGAAACGAGCCCUCAAAGAAAAGCUCCAACUCACUGGACACGGCUAUUCUCAACCAGACGCUUUGGUAGAAGCAGCUUUAAACCUCCAACUGGAGGAAGACGACGGUUUCGAGAACAUUCGAACCAGAGACGCUGUAACUGCAGCUAUCAAUCAAGUAGUCAGAGCAGCAAGCGCUCAAACGCUCCCACCAAGUGAUCCAGACAAUAGUUCCUCUCCUCUGAGCCUGGAGGAGGAGAACAGAAGGUUAAGGGAGGCUAGACAGUGUAAAAUAUGCAUGGACGCUGAGGUGGGCAUCGUGUUUCUGCCUUGUGGGCAUCUGGCUACUUGCGUGACGUGCGCUCCCAACUUGGAGGACUGUCCUGUUUGUAGGUCGGCGAUUAAGGCAACCGUUCGUACUUUUCUUUCCUAGGUUUAGAAGCUAAAUGACCAAAAAUACAGUUUUUACGUGUUGUUUUCCAAAAA